UACGUACUGUUUCAAAAUAUAGAAGUAAGUACUGUAUUUCAAUUUUUCCUUUUCUUUCUAAAGAUUCUCACCAGAUGGCGAAAUGAUCGAGUUCACAAAUAGAAGAACACCUACCUCUCUAUAGAUGUGUAUAUACUACAUUGUUUAAAGAUGUCAGUAUUUCGAAGUGAAUUGCCACAGACGGAGCUAUGCGAGUUUGUUCUUCGUUAUGUUUGGGGUUUCUAACCAACAAGAUGAUCGAAUGUUCUUCGAAAGAAUUGAACUUAGGUGCAACGUUGCAAGGUGGCCAAAGUUUCAGAUGGUUGCCAUAUAAAACUGGAUAUCGAGGUGUUUUUAACAGUUCGGUUUGGACAUUAAUUCAGAAUGAAACCAGUAUAAGAUAUACGGUUGAAGGAUCACUAUCGGAUAAUCAAAAUUAUGAUGAAAUUUUGAGACAAUACUUCAGAUUGGAUAUAUCAUUAUUAGAUCAUUGUAAAAAAUGGAUUGAAGUAGAUAAAAAUUUUCAGAAAUCGUACGAAAAAGUAGACGGCAUUAGAAUCUUGAAUCAAGACAUAUUAGAAAAUCUAUUUUCCUGUAUCUGCACUUCUAACAACAAUAUUCAGAGGAUAUCUGGGAUGGUUGAAAAAUUAUGUAUUCUAUUUGGUAAGAAAAUAUGUUCCAUUGAUGGGAAUGAUUAUUUUGAUUUUCCAACAUUGGAAUUAUUACAAGGACAAAAUGUAGAGUCUAUCUUAAGGAAGGAAGGAUUUGGAUAUCGUGCAGCGUACAUAGCAAAUACUGCAAAAAAGUUGCAGGAACUUGGGGGAAGAAAAUGGCUUAUGAGUCUUCAUAAAUGUAAUAAUGCUUCUUAUUUCGAGGCUAAAGAACAAUUGCUUACUCUUCCUGGAGUUGGUCCGAAAGUUGCAGAUUGUAUUUGUUUAAUGUCUUUGGGACACUUAGAAGCUAUACCAAUAGAUACACAUAUAUUUCAAGUUGUACGAGCGUAUUAUUUACCGCAUUUAGGAAAACAAAAAACAGUAACUCCAAAAAUUCACGAAGAAAUUAGUACACAUUUACGUGAAUUGUGGGGACCCUUGGCUGGUUGGGCUCAAGCUAUUUUAUUUUGUGCAAAAAUCGCUGAUAACGCAAAGAAUACUUUAAAUAGAAAACGAAGUAAUACAAAGACUAAAUUAGAACCAGAAAAGAAAAUUCAGAGGGUACAGUAAAUUGUCAUCAUUAUUCUUAUAAUAAAAUUGUUACAUGUAUAUCAUUUUACAAAAGAUCUGCAUUUUCUAUCAAUAUAUUGGCAAUUUUUAAUUAGACACUUAAGUACAAUUAAAUACAUAUAAAAGAUAAAUAUGAAGUUUGUUCAGUAUUAUAGAGUUUAUAUAUAUAGUAUGCACGUAUAAUAGUGCUCAUUAUUUUAAAUAUGUAUUUGGUAAUUUUAUUAAAGUUUAAUGUAGUUUAUAUAUAUAUAAAUAUCGAAUACACCUGUUUGUGUGUCACACAUAUUUUCUUACUUACGGCAAUCGAACGUUCAUUAUAUUUAUAUUUCUUGGUACCAUAUAAUUUAUAAUUUUUCAAUAGAUAUAUAUUUAUCUUGUCGAAUGUUAGAUGCACGAAAAUAAAAAUUUCAGUUUGUAAUACUCGUAAGACGUAUAGAACUAUUAAGAAUACGUAUUCACUGCUUCAUACAGUUUUUUUUAUUAUUCUAGUUUAUUCUCCUAUACCAUAAUUUCACAGAACGUCUAUAUUUAGGUGCAAAUUCAGAAACUUCUUCAUCGCUUUCAAUCUCUGUAAAAUAAUAAUGAAGAAAAUAAUUAAAAUUUUCUAGUGUGUUAUUCGUUUGAUUUGUAUUACAUAUUAGAAUUAAUAAUGAAUUACCUGAAUUCUUUCGUAAGACAUCGGCAAACGUACUUUGAGUUAAAUAUUGCAAUACAGGAUAAGUAUCAGAAAGAAAAUUUCUUUGUACGCGUGGCAGUACGGAUAAGCAUUCCGUUUGUAAUGAGCUAGGUAUUGAGCAGCAAUAUAAUAUUCGUAUUUUAGUGUUAGCAGAUGUUGAGCUGAUCAUAGGAUAAAGGACAAUAUUUUUUAAUCCGGUAAAUGCUACACCUACAAAACAUCAAGUUCUUAAUGAAACUUAAAUAAUCAACAAUUUAUUAAUUAUUUGUAUCGUAUUAUUUUUUUAGUUGUUUUAAUACUAUAACUAAAAUAGUAUUUAGUAUUUAUUAUUAUUUUUUAUUAGGUAUAUUAAUUAAUAAAUAAUACCUAAUAAAUAAUACCUAAAGAUUUUUGUUUUGAGAAAAAUUGCAAUCUGCCUCUCCAAGUAUCAAGAUGUACACCAAUUACGCUUCCUUCAUUAAAACAUGCUGUAUAAGGAUGUUUUUGACCACCAUGUUGUAAGUAUCCUUUAUAAGAAUAUCCCCAAGAUUCGUGAUCUUGUCCAAGCAGAGAACAAAAUUUUCCUUCUGUAUCCAUUAGAUUAGCUCUUUUGGUACCUACACCAAUCAUCUACAAAUACAAAUUUAUAUACUUGUAUCAUUAAAACUAGUUUAAAAAUAUAAAUAAAAAAUAACUCUUGUGAGAUGUUCAAAUAGUAUAAGAAAUACUUUGGUAAGUAUCGAAAAAAUUCGUAAUAACAUAUGAUAAUAUUUUAUUUAUAACCUAAAAGUAAUUCCAAGAUAAAAAUAAAUGUUUAUCAAUUAAAAUACUCACUACAUCUGUGCCAUAUGCAAUCGUAAUUAUUCUUAAUUCCCAAUAAUGGUGUCUUCCUAUUUUUAAUGGUUUAUUACCUCUUGCUG